CCACUUGGUCAUCCAUAAUGGCCUGCUAUUUGCAAUCACAACACCACCAGUUGGAGCCAAUCCUGCUGAUUGCAUACAUCAUCAAAGAGAUUUCAGUUCCCGCUGGCGGUAAUUGAACAAUUUUGCAGAAACGCGUGUGGCCGGCUGGCUGGCUAUCUGCCUAUCUGGCUGGGCUCUGGCUGAGACAAUUGGUCCGGCACACGCACAUGGCUAAUGAAUGAACACCAGCGAGCGGUCAGGGAACGGGUGUGCUGGUGGUACCAGGUUGUCGGGGCAACCGGCCGUUCGAUUGUGGCCCAUACAAAUGGUGGGGGCUGGAUACACACAGCGACUGGACACUGGGAGCGUGUUGACGUUGGGCUUGGCGCUGCACAAAAUCGAUAGGUUCAGCAGGAGUGUGUGGAACCAUGCAAAUACAGCGAAGUUCAUCCGGCGGCUGGUAGCGAGAUCAGUAAAUCGAGUACGGCCACUAAACCCAUAAAUGCGGCAAAGUGGCGUCCUGUUUUUACACUUGCAUGGGUCUGAUGCGGACAGUUGGCGGCGUGGGAGGCGGUGGCAGCGAUGCCCAAUUGCCAGAGGAGGCGGUGUCCACGCUCAAUCAUUGCCCGACCUACCGGCAGAUUCCAGGUGCCGGAACGGGCGCAGGAUCAGCGCCAGCCAAGCGAGUACCCGUCCUGUUUUCCACCAACCGUGGACUCUAUCUGCGCCUGGCCCAACCACUGGCGGAUCAGAUGGAGGUGCUGACACUGCAGCCACGCGGUCAGAACUACAACAUCAGCUUCUGCGACCUGGAGCGCUGGAGCACAAAUCGGGCCAAUGUGGUCAGCCUGGAGGACACCUUCACCAUCAUGCAGCAGCGCAAUAUGUCGCCGGAGUCUGUUAACUACCAGCCACGCCUGUGGAAGAACAACGUCAGCUACAGCCUGAUGCACUGAACUGAAAGCACCUCAAGAUUUAGAUUAUGUCUAAACAAUGCAAUAGCAGAGAAGUCUCGUAU